CAAAAUUCCGUACGUCAACGCAGAUAAUUGAGCAAAGCUCCCUUUGAAGCCUCCUCCAUGGCGUUACUAAGAAUCAGAAAAGCCCCUCUAAGUCUUUGCAAAUUAAUCCUAACUGUGAGACCAAUUGCUCUGUCCAUUCCUUGCUCUGAAAUUCACCUUUUCCCGUCAUAUUUGCAGAGACUCAUUUCCAGUGGGGCUCAAGGCGGCAUUUUUCUUACCCCAGAUCAGAUUAGCGUCUCCAACGACCUCAUCUCCAUCAUCGCCAAGCAACCGUUUUCCCCAGACAAUCGAGAAUUGAAAAGGCUUGGGCCAAAGCUGACGAAUAAGAUCGUUGAAAGUGUCUUGAAUGGUCUGAACAGUUGGAAAGACGCUCAUUUGUUUUUUACUUGGGCUGCAGAGCAACAUGGAUACAAACACAAUGUAUAUACAUAUAAUGCCAUGGCGUCUAUUCUAUCAGGUGCUCGACAAAAUGCCCCACUGAAAGUUUUGGUCAGGGAUAUUAUAAAUUCUCGUUGUUCCAUGUCUCCUGGCUCUCUGGGGUUUCUUCUUAGGUGUUUGGGCACUCUAGGAUUGGGUGAUGAAGCAAAUGAAAUUUUCGAUCAAGUGAAAAAGAUGGGUCUUUGUGUACCAAAUAGCUACAGCUAUAAUUGUUUGUUAGAAGCUGUUGCAAAGUCUGGGUUGGUUGAUAUGGUGGAGAUGAGAUUGAACGAGAUGCAUGAUUUUGGAUGGCAAUUUGAUAGGUACACAUUGACGCCAGUUUUGGUUGCUUACUGCAAUGCUGGGAAGUUUAAAAAAGCUUUGAGUGUCUUCAAUGAGGUUCUCAAUAGGGGUUGGGUAGAUGAACACGUGUUCUCUAUCUUGGUGGUGUCUUGUUGCAAAUGGGGUGAGGUGGAUAUGGCCAUUGGGUUGAUAGAUAGAAUGGAAAGGCACAAUCUGAAAUUGAAUGAGAAGACGUUUUCUGUUUUGAUUCAUGGGUUUGUGAAGGAAUCUAGAGUUGACAAAGCCCUCUAUUUAUUUGACAAAAUGCUACAAUCUGGUAUUCACCCUGCUGUUUCACAUUUUGAUGUGAUGAUAGGUGAACUCUGUAAGAGUAAUGAGCUUGAGAAAGCAAUUUCUUUGCUUUCAAAAAUGAAGGAGUUGGGAAUUUGCCCUGAUGUUGCAAUACUUAUGAAGUUGACAUCCUAUUUGCCAGAAGGAGAAUUUAGGCGAUUGUUUGAUGAAUGCCUGGGAGAUAAGAAGUUGGAAGCUAAGAUCUUUCUUUACAAUUCUCUUUUGAAAGGCCUUGUUAGCAAUGGCUCCAUAGAUAAAGCUUACCAACUUUUUCAACAUAUGAUGGGGAAUGAUUGGAAUGGUGUUAAUAUGUUGGGUGGCUUAGCAGCUGAAAAAGAUAGGAUUGCCCCUAAUACAGCCUCUUUUAGUAUCAUUAUCAAUGGCUUGCUGAAGGCUAAUAAACUAGAUUUGGCCCUAAACCUCUUCCGAGAUAUGGCUCUAGUUGGUUGUAAGCCACCUUUAUUACUUUACAAUAAUCUGAUUGAUGAGCUUUGCAAGUUAAAUAGAUUGGAGGAAAGUUCUGAACUUUUGAGAGAAAUGAAGGAGGUGGGACUUGAGCCAACCCAGUUUACCCACAAUUGUAUAUUUGGGUGUCUUUGUAGCAGAGCAGAUGUUCAAGGAGCACUUGAUCUGGUCAGGAAAAUGCGGUUUCACGGCCAUGAACCUUGGACAAAACAUUCUACCUUGCUUGUCAAAGAGUUGUGUAAACAUGGGAAAGCCUUGGAUGCUUGCAAAUUUCUUGCCGACAUUGUUAAAGAAGGUUUUCCUCCUGAUAUAAUUUCCUAUUCUGCUGCAAUUGGUGGUUUGGUUAAGAUGGGAGAAUUAGAUCAAGCUGUGGAGCUAUUCCAGGACAUCUGUACUCGUGGAUAUUGUCCUGAUGUGAUUGCUUAUAACAUACUGAUAAAGGCCUUAUGUAAGGCUCAUCGAGUUGUAGAAGCUGAGGAUCUUUUGAAUGAGAUGAUGUUGAAGGGUCUACUUCCUUCUGUUGUUACAUAUAAUUCAUUGAUUGAUGGGUGGUGUAAAAAUGGUAAGAUUGACAAAGCCUUGCUUUGCCUUUCCAGAAUGUUUGGAGAAGAUAGGAACCCAAAUGUGAUCACCUAUUCGACCUUAAUCGAUGGAUUAUGCACUGUUGGACGACCUGGCGAUGCUCUAAACCUAUGGAAUGAAAUGAAGAGAAUUGGAUGUGCACCAAACAGAAUUGCUUUUAUGGCUCUCAUUAAUGGUCUUUGCAAGUGUGGGAGGUCCUCUGAAGCACUUCUUCAUUUCCAUGAGAUGAAGGAAAAGGGAAUGGAACCUGAUAGUUAUGUAUAUGUGGCAUUAAUAAGUGCUUUUCUAUCUGACAAUAAUUUACCAUUGACUUUUAACAUAUUAAAAGAGAUGGUCGAGGUGGGAAAAUUUCCAGAUCAACCAGAUAAGAUUCUGGUUAUAAAAACUGCAAUUGGUAAACUCUCAGAAGAUGAGAGGACUUCCCAUGGUGUGAAGAAUCUCAUAGGAGAAGGUGGCAUUCAACUAUUGGUGUCGCAAAUGAACCUGAAAGAGGAGAUAAAACCUCUCUUAGACCUUGAGUCAUAGGAUUUGAGGUUAAAGCCUAAAGAAUUGUCUUUUCAAAGAAGCGGGGAUUAUCACUUCACCUAAUCUAUACUUGUCUGGUUCCACUUCAGCAGCACUGGACAAGGCACACAGUCAAUAUUAUAGAGUUGGAAAGCUUAAGUUGCAGAGCAACUCAUAUCUUCUAUUUUAUGGAGUUGAAUGAAGCUCUUCAAAUUAAUCAACGACUUAGGUGUAUUUACAUGGGAUUCUAAUAAUUUGGACCUAUUCAAAAGCUUCCAGCUAUAUAGCUCCAUUGCAAGACUGAUGCAUUAUCCGAAGAUGGUUCAAAAUAAAGCAUACGUGAAGGUUUGAUAUGUGUGGCAUACAUUAUCUUGGAGAUAACACACUUUUGUCCCCUUUAUGUUGGGGCCAAAUUAACAACAUUGAAUUUGAACCUGACGAACGUUGAUGGUGGAUAUGUUGAUAAUGGAAUGGUCACUUAUCAGUCUUCAGUUGUUCGAGUUGCCCAACCAGUUAAGAACGAAGGAGUCAUGUCAUGCAUUGUUAAAGGAGUACGAGGCAACUAAACUUUAUGUGCUGCUCAAUUGCAGAGAAUUUGGUUGAUGGGUAGGGUGAGUUACUAUUCCUUGAGCAUCUUGAUUUAAUAAGUAAUUGUAUAUCUUGUUCUGAGGUUUAGUUUCGAAAUGAGAAUUUG